UAAGCACAUCAUGGUGGGUCCACCAAAAGGCAUACUAGUCAGCAACAAACCACAGAGCGUCUGCUGACGUGCCUGACAGCACGGGGGAGUUGCACAGACAUUUCGUUAAAGCAGCCAGACACAAGACAUGCAGUCUGAUUCUCAAAAGACAAAACCAUUCUACAGGAAGCGGAAAGUGGUUACCCAGGGCAGGAAUGGAGGAAGGGGCUCCCCAGGGAAAGGAUGGACCCUUUGGAGUGACAGAAAUCUGCUGUUUUGACUGUGAUUCUAGUGGCUCCAUUUGGAUGUAUAUCCACUUACUCUAUGUAAACACUAUCGCAAUAAAAUUGACUUUAGAAGACUAAAAGAAUUCAAAAACCCUGUAAUCCCGCCAAUUUUAAAAAUGUCCCCUCCUGUCCUUUCCUUUUUUCAGGCGGCCGGGAAGAUGGCGGACAUUCAGACGGAGCGUGCCUACCAAAAGCAGCCGACCAUGUUUCAAAACAAGAAGAGGGUCCUGCUGGGAGAAACUGGCAAGGAGAAGCUCCCACGGUACUACAAGAACAUUGGUCUGGGCUUCAAGACACCCAAGGAGGCUAUCGAGGGCACCUACAUUGACAAGAAAUGCCCCUUCACUGGUAAUGUGUCCAUUCGAGGGCAGAUCCUCUCUGGCGUGGCGACCAAGAUGAAGAUGCAGAGGAUCACUGUCAUCCGCCGAGACUAUCUGCACUACAUCCGCAAGUACAACCACUUCGAGAAGCGCCACAAGAACAUGUCUGUACACCUGUCCCCCUGCUUCAGGGACGUCCAGAUCAGUGACAUCGUCACAGUGGGCGAGUGCCAGCCUCUGAGCAAGACAGUGUGCUUGAACGUGCUCAGGGUCACCAAGGCUGCCGGCACCAAGAAGCAGUUGCAGAAGUUCUGAGGCUGGACAUCGGCCUGCUCCCCACAAUGAAAUAAAGUUAUUUUCUCAUUCCCAAAAAAAAAAAAAAAAA